CGGAGAGAAGAGGAGAGGCAAUCGGACGUGACGUAGUACGCAGGACGACUACUUCAUCACGUACACAACAGAGCCUUUCAGCACCAACACAGUGAAGUUAAACAAAUUUUCUGUUACGAGCCCACAACGAGAGAGUGGGGAGGGGCGGGACUAACCGAUGCCAGCGAGCGCGCUGAUUGGUCAGCUGAAGUUGUCAUCAGAGAUUCCGGAUGUCGGCUUCGAGACUGGGAUGGUAUCAUGGAAACAGCCAAUCAUCAAGAAGGAGAGGCAGCGGCAGUGAAGACUGGUGAUAGUCCUUUAGAGAGUAAUCAACCUGCUGACUCAUUGGCAGCCUCCUUCUCCCUUUUGGAGAAUCACAUGUUUCCUGAUUCAGUAGAGAGUAAUGGGAGCGCCGCUGUUAGCAGAAUCGAGCCUGUGAAUUCGCACCCACCAGAUGUUUCGGCAGAGCAUCUCGGUUUGGAUGAGAAGCCUCCUUCUGACCAAGUGAUGAAGCUAGAGCCCGAAGAGACAGAAACCGAGUGCCAAAACAACGUGUCCGCGCAGCCGACUGAUGGAACAACUGAAGAUGAUGCCACUGACAAUGACCAGAACGACUCUGGGGAAUUUGUUGUAACAAUGCUGGCCAAGGCCAAGCUUGAAGAACAAGGUAUAGGUGUGAAGGGGAGGUCGUCCCCGCUGUUGGAGGCAGGCACACCGGAAUCUUCGUCAUUUACAUCUCAUCGCGAUGAGGAUGUUACAGCUGACAGCUGGCGGCAGCACAGGAAACAUGUUUUUGUGCUAAGCGAAGCCGGUAAGCCCAUUUAUUCCAGAUAUGGCAGCGAAGAGGCUCUUUCAUCAACAAUGGGAGUGAUGAUGGCGCUGGUGUCUUUUGUCCAAAGUGGAGAUAAUAUCAUUCGCUCAGUCUAUUCAGACGAGCACACCGUAGUGUUCCUCCAGAAAGGGCCCCUAGUUCUGGUUUGCGUCUCCAGCAGUCGUCAGUCUGAGCAGCAGCUGCGGGGAGAGCUCCUCUAUGUCUACUAUCAGAUCAUCAGCAUGCUCACCCAGGCCAGUAUAUCCCGCAUCUUUGAACACAAGAAAAACUACGACCUGAGGAGACUCCUAGCGGGCUCAGAAAAAAUCCUGGAUGGUCUCCUCAACUUGGUGGAUUCUGACCCCAGCUUCCUGCUAUCGGCAGUGCACUGCCUGCCUCUAGCCUCCUCUCUCAGGGACUCUCUCAGCCAGAUCCUGCAGAAAGCUAUCACACCCAAUCUGGUUUUCUCCAUCCUCAUUGCCAAGAACCAGCUUCUAACCAUCGUCCAAGAAAAGACCGUCAUUGAGGACUCGCGGCUGGAGCCAGCUGACGUUCACCUUCUGCUUAACCUCAUUGGAGCUUCCUCUGCCUUUCAGGCUGGCGAGAUCUGGACCCCCAUUUGCCUCCCGCUCUUUAAUCCUGACUGUUACUUUUAUGCAUACAUUUCUUACCUGGACCCUCCAGAAUGCACUGUUUGUUUGCUGCUGCUCUCGACAGACAAAGAGGCUUUUUACUCUGUAGCUGAGUGCAAGAGAAAGAUAGAGGAGGCUAUGAUGGCUCAGAACUCCCUGAACCUCAUUGCCAAAGCUCAGACGUACAGUGUGAGCCAGGUGGGCGUCUCAGACCUCAGACACUUCAUGUACAAGCCCUUUGAUGUGCCAGACAACUACCGCCAGCUCACUCAGUUCACCAGCCCAGAGAUGGAGGCACCUUACAGCAGUGAAGAGGAGAAAAUGAGACUGCUGGAUCUUUAUCGUUAUAUGCACGGCCGCAUCCACAGCACCUCACGACCCCUUAAGCUUAUCUAUCAUGUUGCUGAGAGGGAAACUCUGCUAGCCUGGGUCACAAGUAAAUUUGAGCUGUACACCUGCUUCAGCCCCCUGGUGACAAAGGCCUGUGCCAUUACUGCUAUCACUAAGCUUCUAAGAUGGAUUAAAAAGGAGGAGGACCGUCUGUUCAUCAGAUACCCCCCAAAGUAUUCAACCACUCCAAACCCCAGCAAAAGCUCUCGAGGAGGCAAAUCUGACCAGCAAGACUCCACAGAUAAUGGCUUCUUAUCUCUUCUAUAGGACUCUGUUAGCACUAAUAGAAGUGGCUCUGCCUCAUUCAAAAAUAGUUUGUACACUGGUUUCAAGAUAUUUUUCAACCCUCUUGACACUCAUGAGACCGACAAACUUUGACCACUGGAAUCCAACACUACGUUUUACACUAUUUAAGGAGGACCGGUGUCUUCGAAACCGGUGUUAUUAGUUCUCCAGGAAGCAUGUCAUCACAUUGCUGCUUUUGAGCAGAAACAGGGCAGAAGCGCAUUAGUAGAUUUUAAAAUGAAUUGUGGCAGAACAUAUUUGCAAUGGUCUAUUUAAGCGUUUUUAUAUUGUUUUAUUACAGCAACAGGAACUUUUCCUCAUGAACAGUGAAUGGAACAUAUGUUACAUAUUUAAUGAGUUAGCAUGAGGAGGAAAAAUUAAGUUAAACUACCUUUGGCAGAUAAGAUCGUUCAUAAUCUUUAUCUCCUCGCCCUAAUCACGAAAAUUAUGUUGCAUAACAUAAUGUCACAAAACAGGAUAUACAAGUUGUUAGAGUGUGUGCUUUUUGGGAUCAGCAUAAACUGGAAUAAGAAGAACUGGAACUGCCAGAGGAGGGAUAGGCCCGGUGUGAGUCACACGAGGCCACAAGCAGAAUGUUUUCCCUCCUUCACAGAAUUUGAAAACAUGUCAUUUCUCAUCUUGCUGAUGUUUAGACUCGAAACGAGACUUUGAGUUUUAUUGAUGUUUCAUUUUGUGCAGCAGAUUAGUAGGAAACCCCAGCCUGAUUAUUGUCACUGUUAAGUGUUUCCACUGAAACAAGGCAGACCUUAUCAGUUUCUUGAUAAGGUGGGAAGAUGCCAAUGAGCUCACAUGUUUUGUUCUGCAGAUACCUUUAGUAUGACAUCUAAUGUAGUGAGUUCAGGUAUUCUUUUUGCAUAAUAGUUUUCUAAAGGUGGUCUGAAAAGUUGUUUCAUCCUUGUGUCCAAUGAGGAAUUUCCUGUCAAGUCUUAAGAGUUUGUCUGUAGUGUUACAAAAUAAAUCCCAGGAUGCAUAAAAGCAGUUGUCCUAUUUAAGUGGACUAUUACAAAAAAAAAAAAAAAAAAAAUCAGAUGACUGUUUUCUGGAAAGAACCAAGCAUGGGAAAAACAGGUGAGCUUAACAUGCCGUUUUGGGGAUGUACAGUACAGCCAAGCAAUAAAUAAGAAUGACAGAAAUAUAUAAAACUUACUUUUAAAGUUAUGGUUUGAGGGGAGUAUGCCUUAAUUAGUGCCACAUUAUAUAUGUCCUUACAAGAAACCCCAAAUGACACAACUGGUAAAUGAAUUAAGCUGUUAUUGAUAUCACGUCUUUGAUUCUUAAAUUCUGAACCUUCCAUCUUUUUAUAAAGCAGUGCAGCUUUGCAGAAACCAAACUAGUGCUAGUUGAAUAUUUAUCACCAGGAAUUUUGCCUCAAACAAUCAGAAUCACCUUUUGUAGUCUAACGGUAAGUCCUGCAUUCCACCAGCUUUAAUGUGGCAUGACUCAUAACAAGUCCAGGCUGCUAACAAGUGUUAGCAUCUUGUUUCUGUGCAGCUGUACUGUUCAAUAUAGUCAAAGCUAAAAGUAGGUGAUGACUUUAGAGGAAGGAAAGGCAUCUUGGUAACAUGUUGGAGCAACUUGUCACCAAAAUAGCUUCAAAGCAAUUUGGCUUUAAAACCCACGGCAAGAAAAAUGAUCUUGUAGUUUCUAAGAAAUAAACAAAUCAUAGAUAUGACGCAAAACAAGUUUUGUUUGGUAGUCGAACGCUCUGGCUUCAUUAGACAUACCUUGAAUGAACCAAAUGGUUUAAAAUUAAUGGCCCAUUUUUAAUUUUAUCGAUAAAAAUAUAGAAGCAUUUUGUUAUUCCCACUUAUAAAACAUAUAAUUGCAGAUAUCUAAAUAUCCAACAAGGUGUGUAGUUAAAAGAGAGCAUCUGCAUUGCUUAACCAGCUGUUGCUGAUUGAAAAGGAGCGAGGCUCCAACAAAAGGGCUGUCAGCUGAAAUAAUGAAAGGGAACAUGUAACAAUGUAAGCCGGCACAGACUGUGGUAAAACAUGUUGUUGUUCCCAGUCAGCUGUAACCAAACUUUGUAGCAAAUACAAACAAAAUGGUAAGGUUAUAAAAGGAAGACAUACGGGUAAGAUGUAAACUCAAAGCAAUACGCCUUUAAGAUAUAAAAUGUAGACACUGGAGUUGUUGUUUAUGACAGAGCCGUAAGAAAUGAGUCAAAUUUGCACCAGUAUCAAAACGCAGACGAAAACGAGGCUAGAGUGGGAUAACGAGGGGCAAUCCUUAACUGUGGAUGUUCGGAUGAAAGUGAUGUUCGCUGAUAAAUCUGUAACUUUUGCCUGGCGUUGUUCUAAUGUCAUCGUGACGUGUCAGGUAAAAGACCAGCAGAGAAGGCAUUCAUUACCUCAGUAGUAAAUCAACAGGUCUACACUGAAACGUUGGGCACUUUUCUCAUUCCUCAGAUUGAAAGUGGCUUUGAUGAUGAUGAAGUCACGAUAAUGAAGAUUUUCACCGAGCAAAGACUGUUAAAGCUUUCCUUCAGGAGAGACUCAGUAAUUCAGUGAUGUGGCCAGAAAAAAAUGUAUGGUUGAAAUUUAAAACAGUGGUUUAAAACAAGGCUCCAUCCUGAAGGGCUGUUUGAUUUUUUUAUGGUUCCUUUUUAUUGCACCCUCAGCAUUAAGGAUUAUAUCAUUUUUUACAGUCUACUUGGUCUUAGAGAGCAACAUGCCAUUAUAUUAACAUAAUUUCAAGGUAUGUUUUACAAAGGCAGAAUUUUCAGCUAAUAAACAGAAAUAGUUUUGUGUCAUAUGUGUGAUUUAUUUAUGUGCUUCAAACUGGAAAAAGGAAAAAAAAGGCUGAAUGAACUUCUUGUAAGCGUCUUCCAGUCCUAUGACUUAAAAGUCUCUGGAUGUUUGGUUACAUUGUAACCUUGGUUCUCUAAAUAAGAGACCUAAUGCAGCUUGUUCCAUUCAAACUGUCACUGUCAGCAUGUCUCCACAUGCCCUGACUGGUGGGGUCAUUCUCCAUACAUACUAGAUAUGAAGAAGUACUGAUGCAAUAGAGAACACCAUAUUCCCUCCUUUGGUGGUCCACUCACGCCCUUCUGGUUGCAGCUGUUGUUGAAUUUUGCGCUAUAUUAUUUAUAUAGCGUCAAAUCACAACAUUAAGUAAAAGGUGGAAGCC